AAUCAAUCUGCAACCUAAGCUAAGCUAAGAUGUCUCAUAUCGCUGUGGAGAGAAACCGUAGAAGACAGAUGAACGAACAUCUCAAAAUCCUCCGCUCCUUAACCCCUUGUUUUUAUAUCAAACGGGGGGAUCAAGCAUCCAUAAUAGGGGGAGUGGUUGAAUUCAUCAAGGAGUUGCACCAGGUUGAACAAUCACUGGAGGCCAAGAAAAGAAGGAAGAGUUUACGCCCUAGCCCCGUCCCAAGCCCUAGGCUGCCCGAAACUCCAUUAUUUCUCAAUAAUAAUAAUUUGAAUAGCUUCAAAGAGGUGGGAGCCUGCUGCAACUCUCCGGUGGCCGACGUUGAGGCAAGGAUUUCCGGCACCAACGUCAUUUUAAGGACGGUUUCUCGGCGAAUUCCUGGGCAGAUUGUCAGGAUAAUCACCGUCUUGGAGAGGCUUUCCUUUGAGAUCCUUCACUUGAACAUCAGCAGCAUGGAGGACACUGUUCUUUACUCUUUUGUUGUUAAGAUUGGGCUGGAAUGUCAACUUAGUGUGGAGGAUCUUGCACUUGAAGUUCAACAAAGCUUUCGCUCUGAAACCGCAGCCUAUAUCAAGGAGAUUGAAAAUUAGCUAGAGUUCAAGAGCACUUUAUCCAAAUACAUUUCAAUAUAUCAAUAAUUAUUAUUA